UGGACCAACACAUGCAGCAUAUUUAGAGAGCUGCCGGCAGUCCCUCUGGGGAUGCACAUUUCAGAUGUAAACUAAAGACAAUACAAGGAAAUAGGAAGCCCCCUGAGUACCGGCCAGCUCCAGAAGUUUCCCAGAAAGUGGAGCGGCAGAGCUGGUCUGAGUCCACAACAGCAGCCUGGAGCAGCACAGUUGACCACCUGGGAACGGGAAGGGAUUGAUCCAAAGUAAUGGCUGAAGAAAUACCACUGCGGGAAAAGAAGCAGAAAUAUGUACCUUGGUCUGAUGGGUGUGGUCUCAAUAACUUUGACGCUUCUGUUGUUACAGCUUCAGAUUUGUCUGGAGGCUUGAGGAUCGUCCUAGUGGGCAAGACCGGAUCAGGGAAGAGUGCAACCGGAAACACCAUCCUCGGGAGAGCUGCCUUCAAAGAGGACCCGAGCCCCAUGUCUGUGACUAAACACUGUGAGACCCAGAGCGGGGAGGUGGACGGGACUGUGGUCCAGGUGAUUGACACUCCCGGUCUGUUUGAUACAGGCAUCACAGAGGAAGAGUUGAAAACCAGAAUAGAGGAAUGUGUCAAGAUGUCUGUGCCCGGCCCUCACGCCUUCCUGCUGGUGAUCAGGCUUGGUGUGAGGUUCACCGAGGAGGAAAGAAAUGCUGUGAAGUGGAUCCAGAAUAACUUUGGAGAUGACGCCUCUAUGUACACUAUCAUGCUGUUUACAUGUAAAGACCAGGCUAAGGCCGACAAUGCUCUGAAGGAGUGCAAGGAGCUACGGAGACUCUCGAUUACAUUUGGACGCAGAUACCACGCCUUCAACAACAAUGAUGCAGACGACCGCGUACAGGUCACAGAGUUGAUCACCAUGAUCAAGGAAAUGAUACAGGACAACGGCGGGAAACACUACACUAAUGAGAUGUAUGAAAAGGCCCAGAGGAAGCUGAGAGAAGAGGAGGAGCGGAAGAUACAGGAAGAGGAGGUGAAGAAAGAGGAGGAAAGGAAAAGGUGGGAUGAGGAGAGGGAGAAGAAACAGGAAGAGAGACAAAAAGAGGAAACGGUCAAAAAGAAGAACAUACGUGUGGCUUCAGCCGCGGCGAUCAUAUUGUUGUUAGCCGGCAUGGUUAUAGCAGUUAGUGCUAACACCACCGUGGCUCUGGCUCUGGGAGGUCCUGUGCUUGUUCUGGGGGUGUUGUGUGGUUUGGCUGCCCUAUGCAUAUGGAAGGGCAUAAGAUGCAAAUCAAAAACAUCUUCUCCAAUAUAACUUAGGGGAGGCUAUAGCAACAAGGACUCAUUCAUCUGUCUGCAGUAUGUGACACGGAAUAAUAGUUUUGUUCUACAUCCACACAACUAUGUUUUAGUUUGAAACAAACUCCACACUACUGCGCAGUUUUAAAGCUGCUAAAACUGAGAAGUUUGGAAAUGAUGACUUCGACACUCACAAGCACUUGCUGAUUUAGUUUUUUCAGUCAAAGCAUAGCAUAGCCUUUGCUGAUUUGUCAGGGUCAUAUCACAUGACACCCUUCCGGAUAAAAUCAACCGCAGUUAGCCUCGGCUACCAGAAUUUAAGAUGGACAGUAAAUUAAAAGUGUUGCUGACGCUCUUGUCUUUGCUGUUGUGAAAUUCAGUUACAAUGCUACAACUGCUUACAUGUGUAGAAGAUGAGCUAUUGUUCAAGCAAUCUGUUUACACCAGCAUGUGCACGUCAGUGUAUGUGAGUGGUCACAGGAUUUUCAUUUUCAGGCAUGUAACUAUGAACAGGGAUUAAAACUGAUAUGAAGCCAAAAUUCUGUCAGAGAUUGUUGUAAUUUGAAAUUGCUGUUUUUAAAUAAAAUUGUUUUAGUAUGGAUGUAGCUGUAGUGUUGACACACAACUUUUUCCUGUUGAGAAUGUCCCUGAAUGAUUUUGUUUUGGCCUUUUCUGCAUUAAGUUUUGACACAUAAGAAUAUCAGAGCCAUGUGAAGUUAGUGCUGACAGUAAACAAAUGGUAUGAAACCCAACACUUGUUUCUUCUUUCUUUGUUUUCUUUACACUCUUUUACUGUUUGGAGUUUCUUAAUGAAACCUGCAUCCCUAGUUGUACUUGUACACAUUUCUUCAGGGCU